GGGAGGACCGGCUCUGCGCUCGAUGCAGCGGCACUGGAGGACCGGCCCAGCCGCAGCGCCGUCGCCAUGGCCGGCGUCCUCAAGAAAACCACUGGAUUGGUGGGUCUUGCUGUGGCCCAGAAUCCCCUUGAGAAACUAAGAAUUUUGUACACCAGAGUCCUCACUGCACUUGAAGCCAUCCCUCCAGAUGCAGCAUAUAGGAAGUACACUGAACAAAUCAUCAAUGAAAGGUUUAAUUUGAUCAAAUCAGAGCAUGAUGUUCAAAAAGUAGAAGAGAAAAUGAACUGUGGCCAGGUAGAAGAAAUUAUUACGCAGGCAGAGAAUGAACUUUCACUUGCCAAGAAAAUGGCCAAGUGGAAACCCUGGGAGCCUUUAAUAGACGAAGCUCCUCACAACCAAUGGAAAUGGCCUAUUUAAGCUUUAUGUAAAAUUCGGGUUGUGCAAACUUUCCUAUAUCUUGUUAAUUCUGUGCUGUACAAAUGUCAUUAAAAUGGUUCCCUGAAA